AUGAAAGCAUUCGUAUUAGCCAGCCUUCUUGGUAUAGCGUAUGCUUUCUCAAAAAAUAUUGAAUUUGUUCAUAAAAGAUCUGCGUCAGAUCCAUCACAAGAUCCAUCAUUAAACUUAUUACUUGAUUCAUCAUUAGAUUCAUUAGGCGAAGAAAAAGUUUUAUCUUUGAUUCUAGGGAAAAACGCAAUAGAUACUCAAUGUGGAGAAAGACUAGAAGAAUAUUGCAAUAAUUUGAAAAAUACUGGUUUAGUUCCAGAGAAUGUGCAUCCUGCAUUAAAUGGACUUUGUAAAAAUGCAGAGCAGAAAUGCACAGGUCUCAAAGAUAAAAUUAAUACUACCUCGAAUAAUAUCUGGAAAUUUCUUUUUGAUAUUACUAUAAAUACUUCAAGUGGAGAAUUUCAUUUAAAAAAAAUUCACUGCAACUAUGCUCAUGUCCAAUGCAUGUUUUUCCGAGAAUUUCCUAAGUUUUCUUCUAUAUGCGAUGAGAUAGUUGAACAAUGUUAUAAUCAAAUAAAUGAAGAUUUAGCUCAUGAAGUUCUUUUAAGGAUUCUUCCUAGGAAUUUGAAAAGUCAAGUAGCAUGUGAAGAAGAAAUUAAAGAAUCAUGUUUCAAGUUAAAUAGAGAAAGUUACCAUUUACUCUGGUCUUGUUUUCUCUUGAAGAAAACGUGUGAAAUUCUCUUUAAUAAAGCAAAAGACGACUGUGGAGCUCUUAAAGAUCUUGAAAAUGCAUUUAAAAAUACUGACAUAUUAAAAGAUGACUGUUAUCCUUUACUCAGGAAAUGUUAUUUCUACCCACUAAACUGCAAUGAAGAUGAUAGACAAGGAUGUGUGAAACUUAAGAAUCUUUGUAAAAAAAAGAAUAUCACAUACCCCCCCCCCCCUCCCCCUCACAGUCUUUCUUUUAACCCAUUAGACUUUCCACCUGCAUUGCAGGAAAAAAUAGGUCUUCAGGAGUUUUACACAGAAGCGUUAGCUCUUGGUAUUUUCCUUGAGAAAUCCUUGUCAACAAAGUUUUCUCAUUUUUUCUUAUUUUCAAACUAUUAUACAAAAGACAAUCUAAAUAAUUUAAACAAUACUCAGUCUUGUACUAAAUCUCUAGGAAACUGUACUUCUUUUGAAUAUCUAACAAAAGAACUGAAAAAUAUGUGCAACACAACUGACAAAGACAAAGCAUGCGAAGAAUUAAACAAUGAGCUAGAGAGAGAAUGCAAGUCUCUUAAAUUAACACUCUAUAAUAAAAAGCUUUCCAGCGCAAGCGAUACUUCUACUAAAUCUGAAUCCUACUCAUGGAACAAACUACCAGGGACAAUUUCCAAGGAAGACUGUAUAAGCCUUAACUACAAAUGCUAUUAUAUGGACCCAUAUUCUAAUAAUAUCCUUUACAGUGCUUGUAAAAAUUUAAGACUAGAGUGUUUUAAAUCGGCAAUUUACGGACAGGCAAGGGAUGUGUUAGAGGAAGGGUUGUUUGGAUUGUUUCACAACCUAGAUUCUGAUGGAAUUAAAAAAUGCGCACUUAAAUUAUUAGAAAGGUGCAAACUAGUCAGAAACAACAAUAUAAAUCUUCUCUCAAUGUGUUUAAAGCCAAAAGAGACAUGCGAAGCACUUGCAGAGGAUGUAGAAAGAAAGAGUCAUCGUCUGCGGCAUGUUUUAGAUAAAACAAGAGAUUAUCCCCGAGAAAAGGAUUGUCUCGUUCUGGAGAAACAGUGUGAAGACCUGACAAAGGAUUUUGAAGAGCUUAAUGGUCCUUGCGCCACGCUAAAGAGGAAUUGUGCUCAUUUGAGGAACACGAAAGAAGUAAAAGACAGUUUGUUGAGUAAAAAUACAGAUAUUUUGGCAAACGUCGAUAAUUGUACAACAUAUUUAAAUAGGAAAUGUCCUCGGUGGUUUAGGAGGGAAAUAAAUCCAUUCAAUCUUACAUGUGUAGCACACCACAAAUCAUGUGUUAUAAUAAUUGAAGACGUGCAAAAUCAUUGUUUGGCAUUUAAGGAAAAUAUGGAAAGUCAUGAUGUUAUUAAAAAAUCAGAUGGCAAUGAAAAAGAUAACGUUUGUUUUCUUUGGAGUGGAUACUGCGAUAUGCUUGUGGAAAACUGUCCUGAUAAACUAAAGCUCGACAAUGGUGAAGAAGGGGUUUGCAUGAAGCUCAAAAAAAACUGUGAGACGUUUCGCGAAAAAUUACCUCUAUUAAAAGCCCUCAUGUACAAUAUAAAAGGUUCUUUAAAAGAAAAAGAUACUUGCAUUAAGAAACUAGAUGAUUAUUGUACAAAACCAGCACACUCAAACAAGACUCUUGAAGAUUCAUGUAAAGAAUAUAAUAAAGACGAAAACACAAGAAGUGAAACUUGUAAAAAACUUAUCGGAUUGAAGGAAAUAUUGUGUGAUACCUUGCCAGUUAAACUGAGUAAAGCAGCUAAAGACUUGGAAAAUAGAGCAAACGAAUUUAAAAAAACCAAGCAAGAAACUGAAAAAGCUAUUAAUGAUUCUGGUUUAUUCUUGGCAAUUUCUCAAACAGCAGAUGGGAAGCAGAAUCAUCACCUUAGUGUACGUAGCAAUAUUUACAGCAAUAACACGGCUUAUGUUAGACUUCUACGUCGCGAGGAUGCCCCGGACAUAGAGCCAUCAGUGCGUCAAGGGUUAGCGUUUGAUCUGGUGUCUUUACUUAUAGAGUUGUAUUUAGAAGCCAAGGGCAUCUGCAAUCAUUUUAUCCAAGAGUGUGUCCUUGAAGAUGGUUGUCCUAAGUUUAAAGAUUCAUGUGACAAAAUACGUAAGUCUUGCAAGGAAUUUGUGUUGCCUGAUGCCAAGCUUCGUGCAACAGCGUCUAUAUCAACAACGACGCUUACAGAGUCAACAACUGUAACAGAUACU